GAGCAAAGUGAAAACAACACCAAAGAACACAAGGAAACUUUGUUUGGGGGCAGUAUAGAGUGACAGCUUUAAAAAAUUGAAAAGAAGAAGGGAAAUUUGUUCUGAUCACGCCAUUACUAUUCGCUGUUAAACAGGACACUUUUUUGGAAUCUUUUUCAAGGGUUAUUUGGGUUUGUGGGUGUCUCGGAUCGUUCUUCAUUUGUUUUUGAUUUCGCAUUUGCCAGUUCCGCGCUGAGGUGGUUGAAUGUCGACUACAUACAUUCUCUUUGGGGAUUUUACUUAUCUCGGUGUUUGAUCGCAUUUCUUUGAAAAAUUGCAUGCAGUGAAAAGAAACUUCACUAGUUACACUAACUUGUAAGAAGAGUAUGUUGGCCACCGGAGGGAUCUACGCUGUCAAAAAACGAAAGAAGCCGAUACAGAAAAUCCCAAAGCCCCAGCCCACAGAUGGAAUCAAAUCGAACCCAUCUAAGCGACACCGGGACAGGCUGAACUCUGAGCUGGACAAGCUGACCAGCCUCCUGCCGUUCUCGGAGGAUGUGCGUGCCCGCCUCGACAAGCUGUCUGUGCUGCGUCUCAGCGUGGGCUAUCUCAAAGUCAAGAGCUACUUCAAUGCCACCAUGAAGAAGAACAAUGUGGGCUGGCUCAGGGAGAAGCCAGGGACUUUCGGAGGGAAUGGACAGAGCGUGCCUCAGACUAACGGAGCUAGCUUCUCCGAAGGGGACCUCCUGCUCCAGGCUCUGAAUGGCUUUGUCCUGGCAGUCACAGCAGAAGGAUAUGUUUUCUAUUCAUCACCUACCAUACAGGACUAUCUUGGCUUUCACCAGUCUGAUGUGGUCCAUCAGAGUGUGUUUGAGCUGAUCCAUACAGACGACCGGGCUACGUUCCGGCGCCAGCUUCACUUCGCCCUCAAUCCCAACCCAUUCGAAUCUGAGCAGGGCACAGAACUCAUGCAAAGUGGCAGCAAUAGCACCGGGCUUUCCAACAUUGUGAACUAUGACCCCCAACUCAUUCCGCCCGAGAACUCGUCCUUCCUGGAGAGAAGCUUCUGCUGCCGCUUCCGCUGUCUCCUUGACAACUCUUCUGGCUUUCUGGCACUCAAUUUCCAAGGCCGGUUGAAGUUCCUCCAUGGGCAGAACAAGGUAUCGGAGGAUGGCACCCUGGUCCCCUCUCAGCUGGCUUUGUUUGCCAUUGGCACGCCCCUCCAGCCUCCUUCCAUUCUGGAGAUCAGGACCAAGACCCUCAUCUUCCAGACAAAGCACAAGCUGGACUUCACACCUACGGGAUGCGACACCAGAGGGAAGGUGGUGCUGGGUUACACAGACACUGAGCUCUGCAUGAGAGGCACCGGGUAUCAGUUUAUUCACGCAGCCGAUAUGAUGCACUGUGCAGACAGCCAUGUCAGAAUGAUUAAAACAGGAGAAAGCGGCCUCACAGUAUUCAGACUACUGACCAAGAAUGGAAGCUGGGUUUGGGUCCAGGCAAAUGCUCGCCUUAUUUAUAAGGGAGGAAGGCCAGAUUUCAUCGUUGCCCGACAAAGAGCCUUGACAAACGAAGAAGGGGAGGAGCACUUACGCCAGCGGACGCUGCAGCUUCCCUUCCAUUUCGCCACCGGAGAGGCGGUCCUUUACGAAACCAGUUCUACUGGGGAUUUCUCUAAUUUCUUUCCAGCCAAGAGCAAGAAGGGUGCCGAACAGAAGAGCAUCGAUCCCAACUCUCUUCUGGGCGCCAUGUUGAAGCAAGACCAGGCCAUCUACGUGUCGCACGCAGCCACCGAGCCCCAGUACUCCCUCGAUAAAGCCAUGGAAGACACCACGAUUGUGAAUGCCCUGGGUGACCCCAGGAUUCCAGGAAGCCACAGACAGAAUGCAAACGUCAAGCAGGAAAGUGAGACUUUGGCCAUGAUGGACACUUUGGAGAAGCUCUUCAAUGGAAAUGACCUCCAAGGUGUUGAUGGGCUGGAGCUAAAGCACUGGGAGGAAACCUUGCUCAAGAUGGAUAUCAACAACAGUGAAAUGUCCAUAGAGCUCAAUGAUAUCCUUAACAACGACAUCUUCUCCUAUGUUGAGGAUGCCUUGUUCAAAGAGCAAUGCAAACCCAAGAACAACGGCAAAGAUAACGGUCAGUCUUCUAUCAACUCCCUGGCCAACCAGAUGGAUUCCAUGGGAGUUGUUCAGCCAAAUGUAUUUGAAGGCCAACUUCUGAAUGGCUUUGUUGCCCAGUUUGGCAAUCAAACUUGCUCACAGCUGCCGCAAGGUCGAACCCUACAGGACUUCCAGGAGCCGCCCUUGCAAUCCUUUCAGGCCACUCAGAUGGAUCUAAACCAGCAGUUGCUACCAGCCCAUCAGAUAGGCACCCAGCCCAACCAAGUUGGAAUGGGUAAGCCCAGUCUGGCAGGCUUCCAAGGCUUUCUGCAGGCUGGUCCUCAAAAUCACAUAGGACUGAAUGUCUCAAACGAUAUGCAGCCCAGGCUUCAGCAGCAGCAGUCACCUGCCAAUCUGAACACCCCAAACUCCUUCGUUCACAUCUGCUCCCAAGACAACAUGGAACUCAAUGCUAACAAUCAGCUGCAGUUUGGCCAGAUGUUGGCUGGACCCUGUACACAGAACCUCAUGGGACACAGCUUGCAGCAGAGCACAGUUGGCUCCCUGGGCUUGUCCAACCAUAGGCAACCACAGAUACCCCAGAAUAACAUGGGUGGCUUCUCUCAAAACCAAAUAAGACCAAACUCUCAGGCCAACAUGGGUCAGCCCAACCCACUGACUCCCCAAAGCCCACUUCAGAAGUCCCAGCUGAUGCCAGCACAGCAGCUACUGAAUCCCAUGGCUUCUAACAAGGAUAGUCAAUGGGUUACUUCCGCAUCCAACACUAACUACACCCAGAACCAUCAACAGGUGCCCAUGUCAGCCCACAAUGAAAUACGAAGGGAUCUGCAGCAGCUAUCCCUACCCCAGAACCCUUUGAUGAUGAACCAACUACCAACACAGCACCAUCAUCCAGCAGAUUUAGUGCAGCGAAUGCAACAGUUGCAGCCACAAGCAGUGAUCCAAAAUGGACAGCUGUACCCCACCGAGCCACAACAGGAAAGACUAGUGGGUGUUCACCCUACUGUGUCUUAUAGCCAAACCCAAGGACUUCAAAGCAUCCCCCAAAUAAGUUCUCUGUUGGCUCAGAGCAAUCAGUUUCAACAAUGUGGGUUGGGAUCCGGAGCCCAGCAAAUAAGAAAGAUCUAUCAGACCCCUGUGGGGUCAGCAGGCCUCUCUUCGACAAGCAGCUGCAUGUUCGAGAACAAUUCCUCUCCCCCGAUGAACGAGGUGCAGUUCAGCAGCAUGGAACACUCUACCCCUUCUUGCCUUAAUAUAAAGCCGUCCCCCAACGAAAGCCCCCUCCAGGCAUCCUGCUACUACCAGACAAAACCUAGUGAACCCAUAGUGGGCACUACAGUAAUUGCGCAGGAAGACAUCAGCAUCAGCCCUCCAUCAUGCCAGUUCCAGCCUGGCUUUCCUCCUGAGGUUCUCCUGGAGCAGUGCUUUAUAAACUGCAAUGGGCAGACUCCGCAACCAGGCCAUCCAAUGGAAGAAAAUGGAGAGUUACCCUAUACUGCACUUCCUAACGGAAACACAUAUUUUCCAGAACAUUCCAGACAAGCCAACUGCUGUGAUUACUAGAUGAGUAUCACUGUAUUUUAGAACACCAAAAAAAAAAAAAAAAGCAGAAGCACACAGCCAUGUGAAAUCAACAGUUGCCUUACGAAAUUAUUAUUAUUAUUAUUAUUAUGGGUUGUUGUUCCUUUUUGAUGUGGACAGUUUCACCCUCAGAAAGAUUCCUCUCUUUUUUUGGGCAAAAUUCUACUAAAUCCAAAAGGGAUUACUUAGAUGUCAUUCCCAAGUAUUUGAAAGGAGUCCAGCAUGUUGAUUUUAUGAUAGACUAAAGUUUUUGGUAUAAGAAAAGCCAUCUGAAGAAAACAAAUCUUUUGUCAAGUAAAUGUGGCUGGAUGAACUAAUGUGAGCAUGGUGAUGUUCACACUCAAAAUGGACUGGAUUAUAUUCCAUAAUCUCAUUCUGAUGAAUGAAAACAGCUCUGCGUAGGGUAUGUAUUUGUCUUGGCAUUCUGUAAAACCUAUGGUAGGGUCAAAAUACCAGAUUGUCAAAAUACAAUAUUCGGUGGAUAAUAUAAUCACAAAACCACAGCAACAACAAAUGGUUCAUAAAACCAGAAUUACCUUUAUUGCAGAAACGUCUGGAGGCAAUUUGGAGGAAAACCCAAAAGCAGGAUUCCAUGUGAAUGUUCCCAUAUAGCUAAUCAUAUUAAUCUCAAUGCUAUUAUAACUGUAUCCUGUGGGUGCUUCAUUUUGAUUUUGUUUGUACAAAAAAACCCCACCCUUUUUAUAUUUUGUAUGCAUUUUAUUGACAUUAUUAACCUGUGCUCUUGAGCCAUUGAAACUCUAUUGUAUGGUAUUUUCUUCCUUUGUUGUGUGAGUGAGCGUGUGUGUUUUUGUGUAUGUGCUCUCAGUUAGUAGAUAAGAAGGAGGCACCCUGGCCAAAUGUUAAAAAUGCAAUAUCCUUUGGAUUCAAAGCCCAGGGAAAACCAAUACAAGUUUUCUUCUUAAAAAAAUUAAGCAAUGUGCUGAAAAAUUUGCAAUUUCUUUAAAAAAUUUAAAGCACAAUUUAAUGAUGCUUUUAGCUUAGUUUUUUUUUAAUUUCUUGAUUAUGAACGAACCACAAUUAAUGGGAAAUGUGAAUUUUGAAAUAUCAUAUUUUUCUAGCUAUAAAACCAACAUUAUCUAACAAAACACAGCUUCUGUGGAGGAUCGGGCUGUUUAUUUCCUGGUUGCUGGAAUCAUGGGGAGGUGAUGGGAUGGGAGUUGCAAAGGAUGCUGGACAAUGAAGUUCUCAUUUCCCUUUGAAAGAAACAAGCAAUUGAUUAUUGUGUAUUUUUGAGGAGAUGAGUUUGAUGCAGGUUACAACAGAUUUAUGUAUUUAUUUAUUGCAUUUAUAUAGCGCUUUUUAUACAAAAGUAUCGCAAAGCACUGUACAGUACAUAGCAGAAAAAAAGAACAAACCACAAUACAUUUGUGUAGCAUGUCACACAUAAAACUGCCACAAUCAGACCAUUUAAAUAACACAUUUAAAUAACAGUAUACACAUAAUACAAAAGCGGCAAUUUUAAAGUUACAUUAAAAGCCACUAAGAUAAGAAAGCCAUUUUAUAAAAGUGCAUUUUUAGUCUCGGCUUGAAAACUGUAACAACGUAACAAUAGAUGUAUACUAUAUAAUAAAAUUAUAUACCCUAAUAAUCUGUUGUAACAUAGAUCAUUGGCAGGAAUGCCAUUAAUGUACACAAAUGAGAGAGCUAAUAUAUGUACAGGUAAUGCAAACAGUGGAUUUAGCUGGACAGUGAUUUGUAGUUCGGGCUUUGAAAUGGGAAUUGCAUUUUUAAUGUAACUGACUUUAUAUAACAUCUUUAAAGCUAAUACACCAAAGCAAAUAUUUUAUAGGUUUUCUCUGUUUUGUUUUUCAUGAAGGGAGCUGAAGGUUGUGCUCUGCAGUUAGACAGAGAUGUAAAGUGGCAGCUAUUUAAAAAGUGCUUUACACUACAGAGCAGAAGAUUCGCCGGGGCUAGUGUUAACGGAGUGGAUGUGAGGGCUAAACGUACAGAAAUGCUGGUGAAAACAAGUGUGACAACCAGAAAUAUGUAUGGAUUACUUACAGUACCUAGUCAUAUAUCUAGAAAGACGCUGCCUGUCAAACAACAGUAGGAGUUGAAGAAUCAUGCCUCAAAUGCUUUCAAGGAAGAUCACUGAUACCUGUUGCUCAGUCAAUAGCAAGUUAAGGAAACGAUAAAUAAGAAUGAAAAAUAUCUUGCGGUAAUCUUUUUCGCUGCCCUGCAUAUGAACAGUAUGCCCUCGUCAUUACUCUAUGUAAAUCUAAAAGCAUUUUAUAACAACUUAAAAUAAUCAUUAAGUCAAAGUCAUUCCGUCCCACUUCUCUCUCUCCUGUGUUGUACAUUGUUGUAACAGCUUCAACACAUUUAUUUUGGUAUUUACUUAAUGAAAUGUAACUGAAGAGACUCCACAGCACAUGUUGGCAGGAUCAGAUCUUUCAGAUACAUAACCUGGUACUUGGAACAUUGAUGCCAGCAGAGUUCUUUUGACAGACAAAAGAUAAGUCAUUUUGAGCUGAACAUAUUUUAAUCUCUAAGAAAGAUGUCAUAAGAUAUUAUUUAUUUGUAUUAAAAAAUAUAAAUAAAUAAAACAUUGGCAUUAAGAUUUGCAGAAAUACAAUACUGGUAUUACUAAUUGGCUUCAUAUAUUUCUAGAGGUUGUCUUUCUUGCCAUAGUUUCAAGGAAUAAGUCUAUACUUGGCCUUUUUUCAUAAUUCAAACAUUAACUUAAAUUAUGUACAUAAGAGGCAUGAAUGCAAAUAAGCAAGGACUAAUUACCCAAUAAUGUUUUUGAAGAUGUAAUAUAAUGUAUACUUUACUGGUUUUCUUAAUAUCCAGAGUGAAAUUUCCUUUUUCUUACAUUAAUAAAGUAUAUCAAAAAUAUUACACCACAACUGUAAAAAAAAAGUAUUUUAUAACAUUUAUACAGUCCAAUGUAUUUUUUUAAUACUGACAUUAAUAUGUUAAUGAAAAGUAUCAAUGAAAGGCAUUUCUGACAGUAAUAUAAUGCUCUGUGACAAUCGUAAAAAAAAUCAAUACCACUUUGGAUUUUAAUAUUGGACCGUUAUUGCCCAUGUUAACCAAUGUACAUUAUCAAUAAUUCAGUAAUCAUUUUCAGAAUUUUACUCCAGAUUUGACCAAUUCAAACAUGGGAAAAAAUUAAUUUGCGGCAUUAUGUAAACACCCAAAUAAUAAGUGUUUCUAAGGGCUGUAUUAUUAUAUCCUAAAACACCUUUUGGUUCUGGCACAAUCUUGUACCAAUAUAAAAUGAAAUAAAUAUUAAAAAAAAAAAAAAAAAAAAAAUGGAACUGGCUUUUGCUGUUUAUGAGUAUAUUGACUUUUUUCUCCCAGUCUGUCCAUGAAAUUCCAUUGACCUAUAUUGUUUUCAUUUUGCAUAUUAUAAAUAAAAUAAUAAUUGCCAGAAAGCAGGCCGCUGUGAGACCCUCUUAUCCUGCGUGGCAGGGUUCAUAAGCAAAUUUAUGUAUAAAUCGAUAGUUAUUUUUCCUUAAAUAAUGUCUUCUGUCACUGAUUAUUUUGGAACCAUCACAGAUCCUGUAUCUAAGUAAUAACACCAUUGAGGCAGCUAUUUUAAAUUGAUGUAUUUUUCUAGAUGUCUGAAGUCAUGACAGUAACACCUGAUAAGAGAAGCUUUAUGAAAAAGACUUUAAGAAUAAAGAGAGGGGCCCUUGUAAUGUAUACCAGUUAUGAUACGGUUUAUGAACAGUGAAUAGUAUUUUAUUCCAUACCAAUAGAAUCUCACAUCUUCUUAAAAAUACAAUUUAAUCUAUUCAGGUGUUGAAUGAUUUCUGCUUAUGAGAUGUAAAACACGUCACGUGUGUAUGUAUAUUAUAUAUUUCUGCGGAGGAUAAACAGUGGACAUUUUCUCUGCGUGGGUAACACAACAAUUAACAAUCUCGUAAUCAUAAACUCAAGUAGCCACUGACGUACUUUCCAAAACACUGUAAAACACUGCGUUAAGGCCACCUCAAUAUAAAGGCCACCUUGCUAUUAAGGGCACUUUUGAAAAGUCCGGAUUUGCUCCCAUUGGCAGCACUGUAACGUCUCCUUCAAUAUUAAGGCCACCCUUGUAUUCAGUAUUAAGGACAUCAUCGGAGAUCCCAAAUGUAUCAAGACACUGUUAAAUGACCUCUAAUAAAACCAAACCAAUGCUGUAAAUCAUUUUUUAUACAGACUCUGGAUCCAAUGUGAUGUAACUCAUCUGCAAAUUAGACUAUUUGAACUAAAACGGUAAGUAGGAACAGAAAACUAAAAUCCUAGUGACGUUUUUUGACUAAUCUUCAGUAGUAAGGCUGCCCCGUUAAGGCCACAUUGUGUUGGCCUCCUGAGCGGACCAAAUAAUGAGGCUUCUCUUAUAAAAGUUUACUACAGUAUUUUUGCCGUUGUCUUAUGCUUUUCCCAUGGUUAUACUAUGCAUUUACCAUGGUUUGCAAUGUUUUUUUAAUAUGCUUUACCAUACAUGUACCUCACUGUAAUUUACAAAGUUUGCCUGUGUUUUACCAUGCUAACUAUUCUUUAUUACACAUUGCUGUGCUUUUACUAUAGUAAACUUUUAUAAGGGUUCACUGGCCUUACUAAUCUAUUAUUUUUGUGUUACCCACUGAAAAUAAGACUUGUGAUACCACCACAACCUACCAUUCAUAUGUCGAUGAUUAUCUUUAUAAGAAUUUUGUAAUAUAAGUUCAAUUCAAUUUGUCCAUCUGGUCUGACACUCCUUGCAUGUUAGCUGCUGAAGGAUAUUUGAUUUGGUCUUUUAGUUUGUUUGUCUUUGGGUGUCCAGGGUCUCCACAUUGAAAUCCAUUAUCCAUGUAUUAUGUACAGGUUGUUCUUGUGUGUUUUUUUUAAUGUUUUCUUUUUUUGGCACUUAGCAGUUAAAUUGUUAUUGCCCUGCACUUACCUGAUGUUAUUUUGUAGUUUGCAGCACACUGCAUAGUCAUCUGCUCGCUUUAUAAAGAAAAAAAAAGAAAUGUUUUUAGCUUUUUGCUUUAUUUGACCUAUUAAAAAAAACAGUAGUUUUGCUCUUUAAUGUUAUGUAACGUUUCAUCCUGAAUUAUUAAAGACGUUUUUAAUAAAUAA